AUGAGGGGGGAGCCAGGGCAACGGACCAAUCAGGGGGCGCGCAAGCCCAUCGAGGGCAGGACGGUUCAACCCCUGGGGAACAGGGUUGAUUCGGCUGCUGCGGCCCUAGAGAACCUCUGGAUUCGGUGUAGAAUGUAUGCGACCCUGCCUGCUGAUUUCAGCCCCAGCCAACUCGGCCUCAGGCUCUCCACCUUCUGGCUCUGGCCGAAAUCACGCCGACUCAGCCUCAGGCCAUCCACCUUCUGGCUCUGGCCGAAAUCACCGUAUGGCCAUAUGAGCAUUUCUACUAUUCAGCUGCUGCAGACCUAG